UAGGACAGCGGUACUCGCAUUCUCAGAGCUAAUUGGAGUCCAUCUGGCUGGGUCAGCGGAGACAGGACAAUCCGUGCGCCUGGGAAUCUACCGAGCUGGACUGCAGCGUGCUUUUUUGUUCCCUUUCCAGCUCCGAAAAUACUAUUGCCAGAAGCGUUAUGUCCAUGUACUGAGCAGCGACAAUGUCAGCUAAAGGGCAGGAGAGCUACACGUAUGAUUUCUACGACGCUGACCACCCGACGGAGCUCCUGGACGCCCUGAGGGAGUUCUACGUGGGCGGCCUGUUCACGGACAUCACCCUGCAGUGCGCCACGGGGGAGACAUUCCGCUGCCACAAGACGGCGCUGUCCGCCCGCAGCUCCUACUUCAGGGUCAUGUUCACGGCGGACAUGCGGGAGCGGUCGGGUGACGCGGUGACGCUGACGGGCGUGGAGGGCGACGUCCUGUCCGCCCUGGUGGACUACGUCUACACGGCGAGGGUGAGCAUCACGCAGGCCAACGUGCAGAGCCUGCUGGAGGCGGCCGACCUGCUGCAGUUCGGCGCCGUCAAGUGCGCCUGCGAGGAGUUCCUCGUCCGCUUCCUGGACGUGGACAACUGCCUGGGCAUGCACUCCUUCGCUGAGCUGCACCUGUGCCCGGCGCUGGAGCGCGAGGCCACCCGCACCCAGCGCUGCAGGUUCGAGGAGCUCGCCCGGCAGGAGGAGUUCCUGGAGGCGGGCUUCGAGAAGCUCUGCUCCGUCCUGUCCGCCGAGAACCUCAACGUGCGCGGGGAGGAGGUGCUGCUGGAGGCGGUGGCCCGGUGGGUGGCCCACGACGUGCCGUCCCGCGCCGACCGCAUCGGCGACCUGCUCCGCUGCGUCCGGCUGGAGCUGGACGAGGCCUACCUCGCCGCCGCCCUGGAGGUGCAGCGGCACUGUCUGCCGGGCAGCGAGAAGAAGGUGCGGGCCCUGAUCACGCGAGCCCUGAAGCCUGGCUCCAGGGAGGUCUCUGCAGCCUCCAAGAGGCCCACCUCCAGCAUGUACAUCAUCGGGGGUUACUACUGGCACCCGCUGUCGGAGGUCCACGUGUGGGAUCCGGUCACCGACGCCUGGGUGAGUGGGAAGGACAUGCCGGACCACACCAGGGAGAGCUACAGCGUGGUCCUGCUGGGGCCCAACAUUUACGUGACGGGGGGCUACAGAACGGACACCAUCGAGGCGCUGGACGCCGUGUGGAUUUACAACAGCGACCGGGACGAGUGGGCAGAGGGGUGCCCCAUGCUCAGUGCCAGAUACUACCACUGCUCGGUGGCCCUGCACGGCUGCAUCUACGCCAUCGGGGGGUACAGAGGGGGCGCUCCCGCGCGGGAAACCGAAUUCUACGACCCCCUGAAAAGGAAGUGGUUUCCUGUGGCCGACAUGAUCCAAGGUGUGGGAAAUGCCACCGCGUGUGUCUUGCAUGACACAAUCUACGUGACGGGGGGUCACUAUGGCUACAGAGGGAGCUGCACCUAUGAAAAAAUUCAGACCUACAGGGCAGACAUCAACGAGUGGAGCAUAGCUACAAUUAGCCCCCACCCAGAGUACGGCCUCUGCUCAGUGUCGCUGAACAACAAGCUGUACCUGGUGGGCGGGCAGACCACCAUCGCCGACUGCUACGACCCCGAUAGGGACGAGUGGCGGCAGCUGCCGGCCAUGAAGGAGCGGCGGAUGGAGUGCGGCGCCGUGGUCAUGGGCGGCUGCAUCUACGUGGCAGGCGGGUACUCCUACUCCAAGGGCACCUACCUGCAGAGCAUCGAGAGGUACGACCCCGACCUGGACGCCUGGGACAUCGUGGGCAACCUGCCAGGCCCCGCCCGUUCUCACGGGUGCGUCUCAGUCUACGCCGUUUAGGCCCGGCGCCUGACCGGCCUGCA